UCUCUCCGCCACUCUUCCACUGUUUGGGUUCUGACAAUAGCACCGCCUCUCUCGUCCAACUUUCAAGUUACGUUGGUCUCUUCCAUAGUCCAGUUAUGGUUCGUUUGUGUUUGAGAAGAGAUGCUGAACGACGAAAAAGGCUACUAGCUAUGUUUAAAUUUUAUAUGGAGAUUUGUCGUGCUGUUAGUUCAUUCUUGACUUUAUUGUCAGCAGCGUCAACUUUAUGUACUUAUAGGCCAAGAGUAAGAUCUUAUACAUUAGAUUUUGCUGCAAAUCGAGAAUAUGUGAGGCGACUUGUGUAUGAUAAUGAUAUUUCAUGUAUUUCACAAAUUAGGAUGAAUAGAGAAGCCUUUUUUAAAUUAUGUGAAAUGUUAGAAAGUAUUGGAGGGUUGAAGUCAACAAAGAAUAUACUUGUAGAUGAGCAAGUAGCAAUAUUCUUACAUAUUAUUGCUCAUCAUGUUAAGAAUCGAGUAAUUAGUUUAAAUUUUAGAAGGUCGGGUGAGUCAAUUAGUCGGCACUUUCAUAAUGUUUUAAAUGCAGUCCUGAAAUUGCAAGAACAUUUGUUUAGAAAACCUGAGCCCAUUCCAACAAACUCAACAGACAAUCGGUGGAAGUGGUUUAAGAAUUGUUUAGGUGCUCUAGAUGGGACAUACAUCAGAGUUAAGGUGCCAAGUGCAGAUAAACCUAGAUAUCGCACUCGUAAAGGGGAUAUUGCAACAAAUAUGUUAGGUGUAUGUACACCUGACAUGCAAUUUGUCUUUGUUCUUCCUGGUUGGGAAGGGUCUGUAGCUGAUAGCAGAGUUCUUCGAGAUGCACUAAGGAGAAGAAAUGGACUUAAAGUGCCUCAUGGUUGUUACUAUCUAGUUGAUGCGGGCUAUACAAAUUGUGAGGGUUUUCUUGCACCUUUUAGGGGUCAACGAUAUCAUUUAAAUGAAUGGCGUCAAGGCCAUGAACCAAGCAGUCCUGAAGAAUUUUUUAAUAUGAAACAUGCUGCUGCUCGCAAUGUUAUAGAAAGAUGUUUUGGAUUAUUAAAAAUGAGGUGGGGUAUCCUUAGGAGUCUAUCAUUUUAUCCGAUUAGGAUACAUAAUCGGAUUAUUAUAGCUUGUUGUUUGCUUCAUAAUUUCAUUAGGAGGGAGAUGAGUUUUGACCCUAUUGAAGUGGAUUUAGGAGAAUAUGUUGAAACCAACACAGCAGUUGAUGAGGAUUUUAUAAGUACUAUUGAUCCUACUGAUGUUUGGGGUAAUUUCAGAAUGGAAUUAGCAAAUCAGAUGUUCAAUGAAUGGCAAGCAUCUAGGCAAAAUGAUGAUUGACAUUUGUUAGGCAUAUUGAUACUGAAGGACUGUUGCUGGGUUUCUUUCCUCAGUUAAAUUCAAGUUGUACUUUUUUUUAAUUUGUUUUUAAUGUCUUAUUAUUUUAUCAAUUGUUGUUGUUAAUUGUGUUGUUUAUAUUGUACUUUUUAUCAUGUGAAUAAA